UAUUGUAUAUUAUUGUAUAAUACGGCUUCCUCGUAGAGUUCUAAAAGUCGUGUAAUGUUUUUUUUUCAAAAACUUGUGUUUCGAGUUUCUUUUUUUCAGACGGUUAGGUAUGUCAAACGUCAGUUCAUUCAUCAGUCAGUUGUCAAAUUACACAAUAAUAACACUGGGGUUUUGUACAUAAUAUAAAAUGAUUUAACAGAUUAUGUCAAUGAAAAAUACAUUUUUAUUUCUUAUAAACAUCGUCGUUUUUGAUUGAGUAUACUUUGGAUUUAUAUUUUUAUUUAUUAAUACAAGUUUUCAUUCAUUCUUAUCGAAAGAAGAGGACAUAACCUAACAUCAUUACAAUAAUUGGCUGAAAUCUUUUUAAUAUGUCUGAAGACAAUAUUAAAUCGACUGCAGAAGCAAAACCUGCAUCAGAUAGUACUAGUAAGGCCCAAUCGGAGACUGCACCAAAGAAGGAUGAAGCGUGGGGUUACGAUUUGUACCCUGAAAGACGGGGCACUUUUACUCCGAAAUUAAGUAAUAUUCUAAUUGGUAAAGAAGGAAAAGAGAACAUUGAUAAGUUCAAGUGUGAACAACACGUCUAUGAGUGUGUUAAGAACAGUUCUAUUGUAAAGGUGAUGAUGGCUGCUUUGAAAAGUUCUGGAUGCCCUAUAGAUAUUCGGCGACAUAUAUCCUGUGAGAUAUGUGACUACUCUGUCAGUGGUGGUUAUGACCCAGAAUUAAAUCAGAUAGUUGUCUGCCAAAAUGUUUCAACCCGACAAGGAAUGGUGCAAGGAGUACUAGCUCAUGAAAUGAUACACAUGUUUGACUACUGCCGCAACCAACUGGACUUCAAGAAUAUGGAACAUCUAGCUUGCACAGAGAUUAGAGCAGCUAACCUUACACAUUGCUCAUUUGCCAGCGCCUGGUCACAGGGAGAUGCUUCGUGGGGCAAAAUUAAAAAGGCUCAUCAGGAUUGUGUAAAGACCAAGGCUCUAUAUUCUGUGCUGGCUGUCAGACAAAUUGGCAUGAAAGAGGCUGUAGACAUAAUAGAGAAAGUCUUCCCUAAGUGCUAUGAGGACCUGGAACCAAUAGGAAGAAGGAUAAGGAGGAACUCAGAUGAUAUGCUCAAAGCAUUCAAAGAAGCCGCCUAUUAUGGGUAUGAAUAGACACUAAUUGUUGAUUAUUUAUGUAGAUAGUGUAAUAUAUGUACAAUACAAUCGAAUAGAGGCACGAACAUGUUAAAUAAAACAGCUG